CAGAACAUCCCCCCAAGACGAUGUUCUGUGGUUAGAAGUAGGAAGACAGCAGUGAGUUCUGUGUUUGUGUUAGUUAAAAUCGAACAUAUUCCUUGCUGGACAGAAUUUUAACACUUGGAAUGGAGCAAAUACUUGCCAAGUUAUUGGUGCCAAACAGCAACAUCGUUCAUGAGGGCACAAAAGAGCUAAAGGAGUAUCUGAAAAAACCGGACGCAAUUUUGUCUCUGUGCGAUGUGGUGGCCGGAUGCUCAAAUCCCCAAAUCAGACAAUCCGCGUCUGUAUUGCUGAGGAGAAAAUUUGUUAAACGCAGGCAAUGGAACAAAGUGGCUGUAGAUGUUAGAAAUCGGAUCAAACAGGGUAUGCUUCAAGCACUGAUCAAAGAACCGGAGAAACUUGUCAAGAACUCCAUCGCCCAACUAAUAGGAAUCAUUGGAAAACACGAAUUUCCAGACAAUACGUGGCCUGAGGUCUUCCAAUUCAUUCACACGUUGUGCAGCAGCGAUGUCACCGUGGAUAAAGAGAUGGGAAUGUAUACAUUAUCGGUAAUGACCGAAAUAUCGCACAGUUCCUACAUAGUCCACGCUGAAUCAUUUGCAGUGUUAUUCACCAAUAUUUUCAAUGGUUUGACUCAACCCAACAACCAUUUGGCUUACUACACUGUGGUAACUAUGAAGAAUUUGGCACCGAUCAUUGGAGGACAUCAGCAGAUGACCAAUCUCUACUAUCAACUGUUACCAAGAGUUUUGGAAAUAAUCAACACCUUUGCCAGUGAAGAUGAAAAGAAGGCUUGCGAUCUGUUUGAAAUAUUGGAAGAACUCAUUGAAUAUGCCAUAGCAGUUGUGACGCCUCAUAUAAAAUUAAUUAUAGAGAUGUGUUUGCAUAUUGGCAGCAACGCGGAGAUUUCAACAUCGGUGCAGAUUAAAGCGAUCAGUGUUGUAGGUUGGCUGAUCAGGGCUAAGGGCAAAGUGGUUCAGAAGAAUAAGCUGGUAGAGCCGAUUAUCGAUGUUCUGUUGAGACUGAUGGCCCAAAAGCCUGACGACGAGGGAAACGAAGAGUAUUUCCUAGGCGAUCCCGAUCAGUUCACUUCGAUCACUGUGUCCACCCAAACUCUAGAUUUAAUAGCUUUGAACAUCCCUGCUGAAAAAGUCGUGCCUUAUUUACUCACUAAAGUCGAACCAGCUUUGAAGGGCGGAGAUGUAUAUGCACAAAAAGCCGCUUAUCUUGCUUUGGCAGUUCUAGCUGAGGGCUGUUCUGAGCAUAUACGAACUAAAUACUUGAAUGAAUUUUUGAAAUGUGUUGGCAACGCCAUACAUGAUCCCAAUGCCGUUGUAAGGAAUGCCGCCUUUUUUGCAUUGGGGCAAUUUGCAGAAAAUUUACAGCCGGAAAUUAGUCAGUAUGCAGGCGAGCUUCUUCCCGUACUGUUUGAAUGCCUCAAUCAAGUUCUGAAGCAAAUGGAAGUGGAAAGAGCGGAUCCACCUAGUUUGGAUCGACUGUUUUAUGCUCUAGAAACGUUCUGUGAAAAUCUCGAAGAGGGUCUAAUCCCCUACCUACCCACUCUCAUGGAGAGACUGUUUCUUUCUUUGGAUCCAGAAUGUUUCUCCACUCAGCUAAAGAGGGUAGCUUUGAGCGCACUGGGAGCGGCCGCCACAGCCGUUAAGGAAGCAAUUCUGCCAUAUUUUCAGAAGAUUAUUCAAGUGCUCAAUAUCUACAUCAAUUCGGAUCCCAAUUCACCGUUCCAUUCAAUUCAGUGCUAUGCUAUAGAAACUUUGGCGGUAGUCGCUCAGAACGUUGGCACAGAAAACUUCAAACCCUUGGCUGGUGAAUCGCUGCAGUUGGGUUUGAGGAUUUUGGACGGCACUGAAGAUCCGGAUGUGAAGAAGAGCAUCUAUGCGCUCUUUGCAGCCCUCGCUAUUGUUAUGAAGGAAGAAAUAGCGCCGGUUUUGCCCAAAAUUGUCCAUGAGAUGAUUGAAAGUAUACAGAGUAGUGAAGGCAUUGUGACCCACUAUGACGAGGAAGAAAAAGAUGAAAUCGAUGUGUACGGGGAGCUAUCUGAUGAGGAUGAAGAGAACAUUGAAGAAGAUAUAGAUAACAGCUCGUCGGCCAGUGACGAUUCCAAUCAAUAUCGAUACUCAGUGGAGAAUUCGUAUAAUGAAGAAAAAGAACAGGCGUGUUUGGCACUGCGGGAAAUUUGCUUGAAUACUGGCAUAGCUUUCCUGCCCUACAUCGAAUCGAGCUUCGAAGAAAUUUUCAAACUAGUGAACUACCCUCAAGACGAUAUUAGACGAGCCUCAGUAGAGGCAUUGCAACAAUUCUGCAUUUCCUUGCAUAAGGUGAACACCCCGGAAUCCAAACAAACCCUCUACAAAGCGCUGCAGUUUUUCGUGCCCAAAUGCGCAGAACUGAUCAGAAGCGAUGAAGAACGUUCAGUGGUUAUGGAUUGUCUAGAUGCAUUUACCAAGCUUCUACAUGAAAUUAAGGGUGAAAUCUUUGUCGGAGAUGGACAUCGGGAAGCCAUAAUGAAUUGUGUGGUCGAGGUUUUAACUAUGAAGACUGUGUGCCAAGAUACAGAUGUGGGCACUCAAACUGAUGCGAACGAAGACGAAACUGAAGCUGAACAAGAUGAAUUGCUGCUCGAGUCAGCUGGGGACGUUAUUCCUAAGUAUGCGGCGGCCAUCUCACCCGAUGAUUUCGCCCACUAUUUCCCCAAUGUUUUAAAACUUCUAUCCGGCCGCACGGUUAAACAGAACAGCGUGAGUCAACGAUCAUUCGCAUAUGGCACUUUGGCCGAAUGCAUGAAAGCUCUCGAUGUCUAUGUUGAAAGAUUCGUGCCAGAUUUACUGAAAAUGUGGCUUACCGGAGCCAAGGACGGGGCAGACGAAGUGAGAAACAAUGCCAUUUUCGGUUUGGGGGAAAUGGUUUUGUAUGGCAAACAUACGGUUUUUGGAUACUACAAUGAAAUACUCAAUGCUUUAUCUCAUGCUGUGGGCAAAGAAGGGCACGCAGGGACUCUGGACAACAUUUGCGGGGCCCUGGCUAAAGUGAUUAUAGCCAAUCCCGAAGGAAUUCCUCUAGAGGAGGUAUUUUCAGCUUUUUUGCAAAAACUACCGCUCCGCGAUGAUUUCCAAGAAAAUGAGGCUGUGUUCAAUUGCUUUGUCUCGCUGUAUCAGCAAGGCAAUCCCGUGAUAAAGAAACAUUUAGCUGAUGUCAUGAAGGCGGCCGUUCAUGUGUAUUACAGGAACCAAACUCCAAAUGAUGAUACAAAGCUAAUUUUGAUUGAGUUUAUCAAAACUCUGACUAGAGAUUUCCCACAAGAAUUUGCCCAAGUCGUAAAUUCUUUCGGCAAUGAAGCAACUGAGUCUAUACAGAAGUUGCUGACCUCUUAAGUGAUAUUAUGCAUAUUUAAAUUUAUUUAUUAAAACUAUAUUUCAAAAAACUAUCGCCAAGAGUUACGAAUAACUGAUCUACCCAUGCUUCCUUAUUGUUCAAGACUUAGGUGCUAAGUUCGUUUUGCUAUUGACAAUGUUUGUUGUAUGUGGAACUUCUGGGAAUGAUCACUGAAAAUUAAAUUAUUUUCUUUUGGAUCUAUCUAGUAUUUGCUUAAUAAUUCGAAAGUUUCAUUGUAUUGAAUAUUGGUAAAUUCGAUGUUCUAUCUAUUGUUUUCAUGUAAAACCAGUUAAUCUAAUGUUAAGUAGUUAAUGUAGCUUAUAUCGAAGAUGAAAAUAAAGCCUUUUCUAUGUUUUGA